UUUACAUAGUGAACUUGGUGAAUCUGUCAGUCAGGAUACCAUUCGCCACAGUGCCACACCCGGGGAGACGGUCGUGUGUCCUUCAGGAGAAAUAAUAACGUGGAAAUAAACUAUUCGGUUUUUCGGGACUACACGCGCGUACAUGGCUUGCGACUAUUAUCCAGCUGUAUUCACCUGUGGUGUUCCACUGUCCAGCGGGGAAAAGAAGGAGCGUACUGGAAAAAUCUUGAAAUAACGUUUUCCAGUCUGAGGUAAAAUAUCUGGCUGGAUCAUUGGAAGGGAAAAGGCUGUCAAAUGUGAUUCGCUUUGAACAGAAAGCAGUGUGAAGGCAUGAAUGUAUAUUUAAGAAGCCGGGUAGCAGCAUAUGUCAAAAAGAGCCGAAAUAUUUAUGUCAGUAAAUAUAGGUUAUGUGGAGUCACUGUGGAGAUAAAAACGUGUUUUCUGAUUUCACUGUCGAAAUGUGGUGCUCGGACUUUCUCAAACAGCUCUAACCCGAUGGAUAAAGAGUCAUUUUAGCUCUGUAAUGAAUGGGGCAAUAGUCGGACUCCGAGGGGGAAAACGCUUUGUGUAGUCUGCUCUACGUGUCCGGAGGUGAACGGGGUUCGUUUUGCGUUGUUUUGGCGUUUUGGAGACAUGGCAGCGGCGAUUGCCAGCGGUUUGAUCCGCCAGAAGAGACAAGCACGAGAGCAACACCUUCACCGACCAGCUACUCACCGACGAAGGAAAAGCCCCAACAAGAACAAGGGUCUCUGUAACGGUAACCUGGUCGACAUCUUCUCCAAAGUGCGAAUCUUCGGCCUCAAAAAGAGAAGACUACGGAGACAAGAUCCCCAGCUCAAGGGCAUUGUGACCAGGUUAUAUUGCAGACAGGGAUACUACUUACAGAUGAGCCCAGAUGGAUGUUUGGAUGGGACCAAAGAUGACAGCACUAAUUCCUCAUUGUUCAACCUCAUCCCAGUGGGCCUUCGAGUGGUUGCCAUGCAGUCUGUGAAGACGGGGUUAUACAUCGCCAUGAGUGGAGACGGCCACCUCUAUGCCUCGGAGCUUUUCACAGCAGAGUGCAAGUUCAAAGAGUCUGUGUUUGAGAACUACUAUGUCAUCUACUCAUCCAUGCUGUACAGACAGCAAGAGUCGGGCCGAGCCUGGUUCCUGGGCCUCAAUAAAGAGGGCCAGCCCAUGAAGGGCAACCGGGUCAAAAAGACCAAGCCUGCUGCACACUUCCUCCCCAAGCCCAUAGAAGUUGCCAUGUACCGUGAGCCGUCGCUACACGAUGUGGGUGAGGCGGUCCCCAAGACCAGUGUCCCCCCCAGCAAAAGCACAGAGCCGGUGGUCAUGAAUGGUGGCAAGCCUGUCAGCAAGCCUGACAAAGAAACAUAGCCCCACCCUCCCCUCCCCUCCUCUUUUAAGGGUGUCACUGUAUCAGCAAUUCUUGAAAAAGAAAAACAAAGAAACUCGCUCUCCGCUGUCCGUGGCUUCAAAAGAUCGUCCUCCUCUGCCACCCGUCCCUCUAGAGUUUAGCCGACGCACGACUGAACUGAGGGAUCGUUGUGGUCCGGAGACAAGGGCGUUUUCCUCCAUAAGAACUGCAGGAGUGUGGAGGAGUAGGGGAGGAGGUUGAGGAGAAAGGAGAAGAGGAGGGAGAGGAGGAGGGGACCACUGAAUGCUCAGCAUUAAAAACUCUGUCGUUCGGAAUGCCCUAUGCGAUAUGGAAUGCCUUUUUUAAGCUCCCCUUUCUUUUGUCAUCCAUUCCCCUGCUUCCCCCCACCCCUUUCUUUCCAUGACAGUCAUGGGAAAAUAGUUAUUUUCAUCUGCCUUCUCUGGUAGCUUUGCCUGCUGAUAGCUACCCACAAUUCUUCCAUUGGACCUUUCAUGUUAUUGAGGUUCUUUUCAUUCGGAAUACCACAGCACACCAGCAUUUGUCUGGAGGGAUUGUUGUACAGACACAAAUCAAAUAUGUUGUUGUUGCUCUCUUCUCUGUUCUUUUUUCUAAUCUUUUUCUUUUUGUUUAUUUUGUGUCUUUUUGUGUCACAUUUUCCAAGUGUCUGUUUUCUGUUAGAAAACGUAACUAUGAUUGGUGUGUAUUUUUACAUUACACACAGAUGAGGAAUAUGUGAAGAAUUUGUCUGCUGUGUCAAGUACAUUCCUGUUUCCUUAGAUGUGUUUACAGUACAGUGAUGUGGUACAGAUGGUCUGGAGCUGCCAAAUUAGUUAGAAAAUCAUUUCUUUGGCUAGCUUCUCCUUUUCAAUUAUCAUCACACUUAAGAAUGGCUGACAAAACAGCAGUGAGAGUUGAGAAUAACAGACUCAAUGAAGCCUCGUAAGAACUGUCAAGAGGUGGCAGCACUGAUAACGUCACCUCUAGGCACUGAGGGCAGUGGCAGUUCCCUUACAAAGGAACAGUUUACAUAUCACAGACACCCAGAAUCUUACCUGCCAGUCCAGGCUGACUUACCUGGCUCUCAGACGACACAGCUGCUUACCUCACUUUGGCGUCUGAAGUCAAUAGUUUCUGGCUGGUUGGUUCCCACUUUGGGCCCUUCCUAUGAAUCAGACUUUGCUGUAACUUGUACAUGAAGCCCUUGAAGGACCGAUUGUUUAACACCUAAUGCGAAUAAACAAAAAUGCAGUCGUACUUAGCCAGACCUGGGAGGGAGUAGGGCGGCCAAAUGUAUGCUGACACUGUCACUUUUGUUGUGGCCAUGUGUCCAGAAGACGGGUUAAGGUGGUGUUAUUCGCCUUUUACUGUAGCAGAAGAGAUGGUAGGAUGGUAGCAGAUUCUACCUUACAAAGAAAAGAAAAAGUUGUGUGAAACUGGUAUGCAGGUUAAUAUGAAAUACUGUGUUUAUUUUUACGAUGCUAUUUUUUAUGGUAGACUUAACGGCAUGUCAGGAUACACCUUUUCAAGUUGGUGUAAUGCCAUCUAGAUAACUUGGCUAUUUUUCCAUUUCUAAGAGGAUAAUCAGUUGCUCUUUAGAAUAGGGUGCUUCCUCAUUGGUCUCCUUAAGGAGAAUAGUAGCAUGUUUGAUUUGUUAUGAUGUUUGUUUGAUUUAGUUUUUCUGGUUGUCCACAUGUAAUGUUUCUUUUAGAGAGUUUAUAGCUUGCCAUCAUAAUCUAAAAGGGGGUAUUUAAAUAUCACUGUGCAUCAGUAAAACUGUUUAUAGGAUUUGGAAAUUUAGAGUACCUUGAAAGCAAUUUACAGUUUAAUAAUAAUACAUCUUCACCUUGAUUAAUUAACUCCAAUUAUAUGUUGUAAUCAGCAAUCUUGAAUGUUUUGUUCAUUCUAAAAGUAUAAUAUUAUCAUAUUCUGUUUUCACGAUAGGCAUCUUUGUCAAAUCAACAUUAAGCUGUCCAUCUGGUUAACUGAGUGGUAAAUGCUUUUUAUUCACACCUAAAAUCUAUAUAAGUUGCCAACAAGUGAUAUUAGAAAUCUUUCUCCUGGCUUUUAUGUUAUUUCUGCAUUAUUCUGUCACGUUUUCUUUAAUGGGAUAUCUUGGAAUGUCAAAAGCAGUAAAAUAUUUUUUCAGUCUCAAUGGCACAUAUUACAAAGAUGACUGAAGUGUUUCUUUUUUUCUGUCCCCGUUUUGUGGUGUUUCCGUCUGAGAAUUGUUUACUUUGCCUGUAUGCUCAUUCUGAAGUGUGCACACUUUCUCUGCUGGGCCCUCGUACUGUAUAUUUCGCCCUGCUGACCAGUUAACUGGUUCCAUAGAGGACUGGAUUUAUUUUUGUAAAAUGACUGCUAUGUAAAUGUAUAAUCUUUGUUCUUCGUUUCUAUCUCCUUCUAUGAUGUUCCUUGUUUUUGACCCCCCAAUAUUCCAUUUUGUACUUGUAUGUUUCCUUGUCACCGUGAACGUUUACCCCGUGGACGUUAUUGUCUCGGAGAAGACUUUUCUUUAUCGUGUGUCACAAAUAUCAACGGCAGGACGAUCUUUGUUUGUUUUAGGUUUGGUUUCUUGGUUGUUUCUUUGUUUGCUUUUUUCCAAUCUCUUUUCUUCUCUGAGCUUCCCAUCCUUGGAUCCUUGGUUUAUCUCUAUGUUUCACCAGUUGCAUGGUAAUUAAGGGGAAAGGCUAUGGGAGACCUGCAUGUGGUAGGCUAUGUAUAUCAAAACAAACAAGUGAUUUAAAAAAAUGUUGGUAUGUACCGCUAAACUUUACAUACAGUACAUAUAUGCAAAAAGAAUCUGCACUGUACAGUUUAUGUUUGUCAAUCCAUUGUAUACACAGAGAUGACAUAUUGAAUAAAACAUUUAUAUAAA